AUGGCCUUGGGGCCGGUUGUCUCGUGGCCCGGCCGUGCCCCCCCACGGAGGGGGCCCGCCGAUCACCAGUGGGCGCUGCUGGGGUGCGUGGUUGUCCUGGCGCUCGCGUGCGUCCUCGGCGUGGCCCGGCUGUUCAGGAGCAUGCACGUUGGCGGCACGGCCUCCGACGAGUGGCUGCCGCGAGGCUACUGCGAGGAGCGGUCGGCGAUCGACAUGCUAGACGUCCCCGCGUCUGAUCUCGUCACGGAGAUGACAUUCCUGGAGAAAGCCAGGCUGGUGGCGGGCGUGGGCUGGCCGACGUUCGCCAGGCCCGACGAGGGCUACUACGUGGGCAACGUGCUCGCGAUCCCGCGGUGGUUGGCGUCCCCUGGGAUCCCGUCCAUCAAGAUGCAGGACGCCGCCCAGGGCUGGCGCACCAACAGGCGGCAGGUCGGGCAGGUCACCGCUUGGCCUUGUUCUCUCGCCGUCGCGGCAACGUGGAGCAGGGACACCACGAAGGCUUGGGCGGCCAGACUGGGCCUGGAGUUUAGGAUGAAGGGCGCCAACGUUGUGUUGGGUCCCGCCGUGAAUGUGCACAGGACCCCCUUCAACGGGCGAAACGCGGAAUACCUGUCUGGCGAGGAUCCGGCCCUUGGCGCGGCCCUAGCUCGGAUGUACGUCCAGGGGGUGCAGGAUGACGCUGGGGUCGCCGCGGUGGUGAAGCACUUCGAGGGCAACCAGCAGGAGACGAGCCGGGUGGACACCAACACAAUCGUGGACGAGCGCACCCGAUGGGAGCUGUACUACCCACCCUUCCAGGCCGCUGUGGAGGCGGGUGCCGCGGCGGUGAUGUGUGCCUACAAUAACAUCAACGGGAGGCCCGCGUGUGAGAACCCCGAGCUGCUGAAAGUGGAUCUGAAGGAGCGGAUGGGCUUCGGAGGGUGGGUGAUGAGCGACUGGUGGGCUUUCAAGAGCGCAAACUCGACGAGGUCGGGCGCGGACAUGGAGAUGCCUGGCGCGCCUGUCCACAGCUUCUGGGCCCCAGAGGCCCUAGAGGCGCUGCCGCAGGCGGAGCUCGACGAUAUGGCCGCAAGGGUGCUCGGAGGCAUGUCCCGCUUCUGGCGCCGGGACCAGGACGGGUGCCGGGCUGGCUGCAAUUGCGACGGCGAGCUGUAUCGGACAGGGGCCACCAGCCUGGAGCACGUCGAGUUCGCGCGCCGCAUCGCGACGGAGUCCGCCGUGCUCCUGAAGAACGACGCGCCGCCAGUGCGUCAGGGUGGCGACAGUCCAAGCACUGGCCUCUUGCCGCUGCGGGGGAUCAAGGCUCUGGCCGUCGUCGGCGAGGCAUGCGAUGCUCAGCGGGACGUCGAUUGGUACUUCGACAACUGGACACGGGGAGACUACUACACUGUCGGAGGCUCAGGCCGGGUCCUCUCCGACAAGGUCUCCACCGUCCUCGGGGGACUCCUGGCGAGACGGCCUGCGGGCCUGGAGGUGAUCGGGAGCGCCUCCGACAGCUUGCCCGAGGCCCUCCAGGCGAUGGAGGGCGUCGACGCGGUCGUCGUCUGCGGCGGGGCGACGUCGUCCGAGAGCUUCGACAGGGGUACGCUGCGGCUCGACCAGGAGGGCUUUGUGCUGCGGGCGGUCGCCGCGGCCGUGGCGGCCGGGCUCCCUUCCGUGGUCGUGGCGAUGGUGCCGGGCGCCGUGACCGCCCCUUGGAGCCACAACGCUACCGCGGCGCUGGCGCUGUUCCUGGGCGGCCAGGAGGCCGGGAACGCGGUGUCGCCGAUCCUCCUCGGCAACGCAUUCCCCUCUGGGAAGCUCCCCGUGACCUUCCCGUCGCGGGAGAAGGAUGCGAUUCGGCCUUGCAUGGGCCGCAAGGAUUUCCGGUGCACAUAUUCUGAGGGCUUGAUGGGCGGUUGGCACGCUUACGACGGCAAGCCCGUGGAUUUCCCUUUCGGCCACGGGCUCGGCUAUACCGAGUUCGAAUACGAGAAGGGGACCGUGACCUCCGAGAAGGCCUGCAAGAACAGCACGGACCGAGUCUGUUCGGGCGUGCGCAUCAUCGUGAGGGUCGAGGUGAGCAACAGCGGCAGCAUGCAGGGCGCGGAGGUGGUGCAGCUGUACGUGGGCUUCCCGAGCGGGCUGGGAGAGCCGGCGCUCGUGCUCCGGGACUUCCAGAAAACGCCCGCCCUGGCCCCCGGCUGGAGAGCCCCAAAGACGGCAGCAGCCUUAAACUCUCGGAGGUCCGCGCCGAUCCAAGCCACCUGA